AAUGUGAAGAAGCUGCUCCUUAAAAUUAUUUAAUUUAUCAAAAGUUGUGCAAUAAAAUUAAUUAAAAAUGAGGAUCCCGACUGUUGAGAAAUUUCUAUGCUGCAUUAAGCUCGAACUCGGUGCAUUGAUUAUAGGAUGGUUCAAGCUAUUAGAAAGUACUGUGUUUCUUAUUGGACUUACUGUGAUGCUUGGAUGGUCUAUAUUUGCAUAUUCUCACAUGGUUAAUUUGCUACCAGCUGAAUCAUAUCUCUCUGACUUGAUGAAAGGUUACUCACCAAUUAUGGUUAAAUUCGUCAUUUUGAUUGCUAUUGUCUAUUUUGGCAUUGUUUUCUAUUCGGCAAAGCGACUUGUUGAAUGCCUUAAGUCCCGAAAUCCACAAGAUACAGUUCCAUUUAUAAUUCUGACAGUAUUCGACUUUGUAUUCUCAAUCCUUACUGUCCUGCAUUUUACUUGGAUAGCACUGAUCCAGUCAUUAAUAAGAGCAAUCUUCUAUGGAUAUGUUUUUAUCUGUAUUAUAUCCAUUAAACAGCAAUUAACACAGGAAGCAAGACGAAGUCAACAAAGGAAUUCACAAUAUCAAUCAGCACCAUUGACAAGUUACAAGCUUUAAUUAUGUGAUGUGUUUUUAGUCCAUGAUUUAUUAUAUAUGUUCUUUCGUGAUUUUGCAUA